CAGAACUCAUCCAUAUUAUGGAGUCGACCAUGCGUCACGUGCUCACAUAAGUCUGUGACACGUGCUUGCGUCUUUUCUGACGUUUUAUAAAUUGAACAGUCUAUUUAUUACGGUCAUGACAGAUAAAAAGUGUUGUAUCUGUGAAAAGGAAAACGCACCUUACAAGUGUCCGAUAUGCAAAACACCCUACUGCUCUGUAACAUGUUGCAAGGAGCAUAAAAGUCAAACUUGCGAGCCUCCUAAGUUACCUGAGAAACCCAAAGAACAUGAAAGUGAACGAAAAUAUCAAUUUUCAACAGAAGAUACUGUGCCUGUGGAAAAACUGCAACAAUUGUGGCAUAGCGAGGAACUGAAAGAAUGCCUCAAACAUCCUGAUUUACGCGAUAUCAUGAAAGCAGUUCUCAAUGAUCUAAAUCCUACGAAGGCAAUAGCAUCAGCUAUGAAAAUACCUUCAUUUGUGGAGAUGGCUGAUAUUUGUUUAAAGAUUGUAGAACCAUCAGAUGCUGUUAAGCCAUGCUGAAAGAUUACUGAGUGCUAUAUUAUUAUCAGUGAGACUAUAGGGUUAUAUUAAAAAGAUAUAUUGUAUGUCUAUUUGUAAAUUGUAUAUAUUUUCAUACUGUGAGUUGUAUAAAAACGUUAAGAGAUGAUUCUGUUUUCCAUUUAAAAUAUAUAUAUAUAUAUAAUAAGAAUACACAG